AUGGAGGACAUAUGGUUCAUUAUCUGUUUGAUUAUGAUCAAAAUCAACAAAUAUCAGUAUAUCAUGUUUUAUGGAGGCCAUAUGGUUCAUUCUCUGUUUGAUUUGUCAACUGCAAUUGCAGAAAGUGAGAAGCUUCCUAUUGGCUCCACCUGCAGCUACAUGUAUGGCAUUCUAGCCCCACAAGAUAACAACCUAGUUGCUAUUGGCACAGACGAUUCAACUAUACUCAUCUACAACAUAGAAAAUGGGGUCAUCGGGGAUAAAGGGCCAAUCUUUGCUGCAGUUUUGUUGGGAUGGCUUGGGUCGAAUCCGAAGCAUCUGAGGAGGUAUGGUUCCAUUCUUGAGAAUUUGCAAAGUAGGCCAGAUUUAUUGGAGAAAAUCAAGGGAAUUAUUGUUGAUUCAGGAGGUGACGCUAAUAUAGAUCCCAAGGUCUGGGCUGCUGGAUUUACUGCAGCCCUGCUAAAGAAAUACAAUUCAUCAUCUUAUCCAUCAGUUGUAGCUGUAGGAAGAAAUCAAUUGGAAAGUGGAGUUGAUACCUCAAAGUUGCGAGAAAAGGAGCCCCUGUCCGUUAAAACCUUACUUUUGUCAGCAUUUGAGAAGCUCUUCUCUUAUCUCCUAAACUUGAACGACGUCAAACAGCAGUUGACAAAGAUAAUCUCUGUCCUUUCAAAAAACCGGCCUUCUUGCCCACAUCUUUAUCUGUAUAGUACAGCUAAUAAGGUCAUUCCAUUCUCAUCAGUUGAGUCAUUUGUUGAAGAACAGAAGAGAAGUGGGAAAAAUGUGUGGGCAUUCAACUUUGGUGCAUCACCUCAUGUUGACCAUUAUCGGACUUUUCCCAGUGUAUAUACAUCAGAGCUUGAGAGGUUUUUGAACGAGUGUCUGGUCAUAGUGAAGAAGUUAUAAAAGUUUUCCAAUUUUAGAUGAUUUAGGUUGAAAUGCUGCACAAGUUAUUGUUUGCCCUGUGCAGC